UUUUUAUUUUAUCAAAAAAGAAAAAUCACCUACAUUGAAAGUGAUGGACCAAAAUUAAUCAGAUUUGCUCAUGCACUCGACGCUCGCCAACUGCUGAUACACCACCGAUUCUGUCCCAUCUGAAAAGAGAAAAGAAAAAUCAAAAUAUGAUCCAAGUAUUGUUCAGUGUAAUAUUCGCCGAAAUGGCGUUAAUUGUGCUCUUCAUAUUCAAGACGCCAUUGAGAAAGCUUGUAAUAAUGGGGCUAGACCGUGUUAAGAGAGGGCGCGGUCCAAUCGUCGUGAAAACUACGGGCUCUACCAUCUUCGUCGUGAUGUUGUCGACCAUCUACAGUGUGGUUUCCAUCCGGAAAAGGUGGAUCGAUGAAGAUGGCAAUGUUACUCCUACUGAUCAGAUUCUUAUGGCUCAACAUCUUCUACUAGCUUCUCUCAUGGGUUUUUCCCUGUUCCUUGGUCUGAUGAUUGACAGACUACACCACUAUAUAAGAGAACUUGGUAUGAGGAGAAAGAGCAUGGAAGCAGUGAAUAAGCAAAAUAGAGGUUUCGAGGAUGGGAAGAAUGGAGCUUCUGAUGAGAUGAAGUCUUUGGAGGAAGAGGCAAGUGCAUUGCGUUUGAAAAUACAGAAGUUGGAGGCAACUGUCGAGGAAAAAGCUAAAGAAGCAAGCGAUGCAGAAGCCAAUGUAAUUGCUCUUAAAAAGCAAUCAGAUCACUUUUUUCUUGAAAAUGGUAACUUACUUGAGGAAAACCAGAAUCUUCGUGCUCAGUUGCGAUCACUGAGUAAAUGAUUGUCUAACUCUGAUAGCCAAAAGCCAUGUCGUCCUGUUACUCAUCAUUUUGGUAGUUCUGUGACGAUUUUCGUUUAGUAGCCGUUCAUGUUCAAAAUGUCAAAUGCAGAUAGUGUAGGAAAUUUUAAGUUCCCAUUACUCUCUCUCAUUUUACUAGGGAAAAGUCUCUAUGGUAAUGUCCAAAUUUUCGUCCAGAUGGAAUAUUUUCCUCAAAUUGUUUACCAAACCUCUGGAAGUACGUAUCUAUAAACUGUUAUUGCCAUGUUCAUCUGUCAAGAUGGAUGGAUUGCUGAAA